AUGUCCGAGACUGGUCGGACGAGGGCUUCGGCUGCUCAAGCCCGGGCUCCUCUUGCGGAUGCGACUCAACGCAUCAAUAAUGCUUCAUCCAAAAUCCCCAUCAAAUCAUCAAAGUCACGCGACAAGAACACCGGUCAUUCCCAAAAUGCUGCGGCUUCGGAUCGCCAACGCUACACCAGCGACUAUGACCCGCCGGUCUCUGGAGCGAGAGCCGCAGCUGCUUCGGCUGGUCCACCUACCGCUCGCAACCCUGCUGUUGCAAGAGCGCGAGCAUCCCAUGACGUCGAUCCGUCGAAGCGCAUGUCCCAGGCAUCUCAGGCCUCCACGACCACAUCGAGCAAGAGAAGCAGCGGCUAUGCUUACAAGACACACAUUGGUCCCUGGUUGUUGGGCAGAACCCUCGGAAAGGGCUCAUCGGCUCGCGUGAGACUCUGCAAGCAUCGUUUGUCUGGUGAAUUGGCAGCCGUCAAAAUUGUGCCCAAGAAGACAGCCUACUUGAUCCAAGCCGGCAGUCUCGCUGAACUUCACGACUACGACGACAGUUUGCCCGAGAAGAUCAAUGGCGAGAUGCGUGUGCCUCUUUCGAUCGAGCGAGAAGUGGCCAUCUUGAAGCUGGUCGAUCACCCAAACGUUAUGAAGGUUUAUCUGGUACUUGAGUAUGUUGAACAAGGCGACUUAUUCGACUACAUCAAUACCAACGGUCGGUUCACUGAGGAAGGCGCCAUGUUUCUCUUUCGACAGAUGAUGAGCGCCCUUCAAUAUUGUCAUUCCUUCAACAUCUGCCACCGAGACCUCAAGCCCGAAAAUAUCCUGUUGACGCCCGACAACAAGGUUAAAAUUGCCGAUUUUGGCAUGGCCGCUUUGCAUCAAUCUUCGGAGCACCGACUUGUGACGGCUUGCGGCAGUCCUCACUACGCUGCCCCUGAGCUCUUGAAGCACAAGCACUAUCGAGGAGAUAAAGCCGACAUAUGGUCUUUGGGCGUCAUUCUCUAUGCCCUUCUAGCCGCGUGCUUGCCCUUCGAUGACCCCGACAUUGGUGCACUGCUACAGAAAACCAAGAGGGGUAUAUACGAGAUCCCAGAUUUCUUGAGCCCUGAAGCCAAAGAUCUCAUCCGUCGCAUGCUUGUGGCCAAUCCUGACACAAGAAUCAGCAUCAAGGAGAUGUGGCAGCAUCCACUCAUUCGGAAGUACGACUAUCUCGACGACCUUGGCAACAACCAUCAGCUCAACGAUCUUCGCAAGGGCUUUCACUACACUCCGCUGAAGCCCCAUGAAGUUGACCCUCACCUGGUUAGGCAGCUUCGCUCACUAUGGCACAUGCUCACCGAACAUCAGAUCAAGUUGAAGCUCAUGGACUCUGCGAAAAACGACCAGAAGCUGUUCUACUGGCUUCUUCACAGCUACCGCCAGAAGCAGCUAGAGAAUUUCCUCCCCGAGUUGUCUCAGUCUCCGAGUGACUACCAUCAUCUCCAAGAACCUGUUUGGAAGAAGAGGGUAUCCACUGUCGAGUUCAAUCAGCCCAGAGCAGACGGAACGGGCAGAAGUGUGUCGCGCUUCACAGUCAUCUCCCAUGUUGCGGAGACAGAUGAUGGAACAAUUCAGAGCUACGAUCCUUACAACUCAAGCCGGCCUAUGCGAGGGAAUUCUCAGGCAAGCCAUGCAAAGAUUGUCGUUCAUCGCAAUCGUCGCGGCUCCAUGAAGCGGGACAAUACACAGACAUCGCAACUGUCACGCAUCAAGACAGGCUCGACGUUGCGUCACUCACGCGUCAACUCUCAGCGAACAACACACUCUGGCCGCUUCCAGUCCCCCCGCAGCUCAAUGAAUUCGCUCCAUAGCAGCAGACCAGGAACCUCUUAUAGCAGACCGGCUUCCCGUCACAAGCGAGGUAUCGACUUUUCUCACAUAAGAAAGAAGUCUACCGAUAGCCACGCCGACAAGCGUCGUCGAGGUGCCCCGAGCGUCAUUGGAGAGGAAACUUACCUGAAGAGACCGCAAUCUCCCACGAGUCCGCCAAAGCGCAUUUCUAUGAUGGACAGACCUAGACCAAAGCUGAAGAUUGUGAAGCCUCAGGAUCCAGCUGUCAUUGUGAACGAGGAAGUUCGGCACUUCAGCAACAGUAUCGCAAAGGACUGCGAUGAAGCCUUCAACAGCUUCCUAUCUGUCGAUGAGACAACAGAGCUGGUUUUGGAAGACAAGAGUAGUGGUAUCAAGAGAGAGUCUACGGGUCUGUCUUUGGGCCCAGUAACACCCUCUCCCGAGACUUUGACGAAUCCUUACCAUCCAUGGGACACUCGACCCUUGCCGCCUUUACCGCCUCCUAAAUCGACGCCAUCCUCGAUUUCGGAAUCUGAGAGGCCUAGCAAGAAUUACGACCAUCCCAAGGAUGCACAGCAUUCUGGCCGGGUCGGAAAGUUUGUUGAUCAAGUCAAUCGUCUAGGCUUUCCUACUCUGCUUCCUAAGCAAGAUCGCCGUACUGUAUCCGCACCUACACAUAGUCAAAGCAAGGUGACCGGUCGCUUGCCGGCAAUCAACGAGAACGGGCGAGACUCAGAGUCUUCAUCCCACUGGGGAGAUGCUGACCGAAACAGGAUUGUAUCUGCCCCGCCCAAGACCCCUGGCGGUUACGCUGAAAAUGAUGGUCUUGACUAUCUGGUCCAAGCAGGAGAUACCAUCCGUGUUGUCAACUCCCCCAGUGCAACGAGUCCGAUCCCAAAACCUCUGAACGUGCGAAAGAAGACUGCCGAGCGACCAGCUUACGAGGACCAGGUCGAGGAGCGCUACGUCUACAUGCACGGUGCGUCGGGUACAGAUGAACCAUCGACUCCAUCUGCUACUACUUAUGGAAGUGGCACAACGAAGCAGAAAAAGUCCUCGUGGUUCAAGCGAUACUCAAAGGAUAGCACUUCUAGAGAGGGUAGUAUCAAUACCGAGGCAACUCAAGAAACCCAGGCAUACAGCAUGACAACACAGUCUACAGCCCCAAGCCGCUCGGAGACAAAGAUCCACGAGCAUCCUCCCCCGGUUGCAACCAAGAAGAAGGGCUUCGGCUUGCUUUUCUGGAAGAGCAGUAAGGCCAAGUCAGAGGGAAAGAUGGCGAUCGCGGGUCCAGAUUACGAUGACUCUUCCUCUCCCGACAACCAAAGAGUUAUCGGACACGAAACGAGCCGGAAAUCAGUUAAGAGCUGGAACGGCUCUGAGAAGGGAGCUCGAACAAUUGCGGUUCAUCAAAACUGGCUGGCUCGCCUGUUCGGGGUCAAGCCCGCGACGAGCUACGUGUGCUUGGUCAUGUCACGCAAGCGAGCUCGGCAGGAAAUGGUAAUCCUCCUCAAAGACUGGCGACGUUAUGGUAUGAGAGAUAUCCAGGUCGAGAAGGAGAGAAACAUUGUGUUUGCCCGAGUUGGGGCGCAGAAUUACUUAGGCAUGAAGGAAGUUGCAUUUGCCGCGGAGAUUAUGACAGUGAUCGAGCACGGGAAGAAGGGUCCCCUCUGCAUUGUACGAUUUACACAAGAGCGCGGGGCGGCCAGUAGUUUCCACAAGGUUGUGGACACGGUUCGAAUGAUGCUCGGAUCGCGAGGGCUGGUUGUCGCCGACAAGUCCAAGGAGAAGAUGAUGAUCAAAACGCUCAAUUCCUGA